GUUUUUCAGUUUCAAGCUGAAUAAUUUCCAUCGUCUUUCCCUGUUUUUCCAUCCUGUUAGGUCAUCCUUAAUCUCAUUGUCGCAAGCCAGUAUCGUCCCUAUGAUCCUCGUUAUCUGUAUACAUUUCUGCAUCAAUCAAGGAUCAAGAAUCUUAUUCUAAAACUGGUCAUCGAAGAUGGAGGCAUGGACGCACGCAAGCAUGCACCGCACGCGAGCCAGUAUGCGGCAAGUACACAGCACGGAGGCAACCAGGUAGCACGCACGCACGCAUGCACGCACGCAUGCACAUACGCACGCACGCACGCACGCACGCACGCACUCUCUCACGCAAGACUUUUGCUUUAAUACGCUCGAUCUUGCUCAGUCAGACUCUUCGAAGAAAAAUAUAUUUUUAUAAAUUGGUAAACGAGCGCAACGAAUAAUGAAAACGAUCGAUAACGGUGAAACGAACGAUGUAUGGUAUUUUGUAAGAGAUCGAGAAAAUAAUUUGAUUCAUUCGAUGAGGCAAUGGAUCCAUUUUAAUUCCUUCAUUUGAUUGUAUUUCGAAGCGGAAAAUACGAGGAACGUGCGAUGAGAUAGAAAGAAAACGAGAGAGAGAGGCAGAGAGAAAGGUUCCGGGAGUUUUGAAUUUGGCGCGGUUCCGCUAGUCGCACGGCAGCCAUAUUGCCUGUAUACUCCCGAGCAACUUGGACGAUGUUUGUGCGUACCUGGCACGAUCGCUGCUCUCUCGCGUUCGCCGUUUUAUUCGCCGUGUAAACGCUUUCGUAUCGCGCGUCACUCGAUCGGCCGGUCGUUCGAGCGUUUUUCGAUUUAGUUUAUUUCUUUUGACAUGUCAAGCCAAAUAUGCUUAAAGUGGAACAGCUUCCUGAACAAUAUCGCGACGAGCUUCGAGAGUCUUUGGGAGGAAGAAGGCCUGGUGGACGUGACACUCGCGAGUGACGGACAGUGUCUCACGGCCCACAAAGUGAUACUUUCUGCCAGUAGUCCUUUCUUCAAGAAAGUCUUCCAGGCUAAUCCAUGCCAGCAUCCAGUCAUAAUAUUGCAAGAUGUACAUUUUAGCGAACUCGAGGCAUUACUCAUAUUUAUAUAUAAAGGAGAGGUUAAUAUCGAGCAGAAAAAUUUGCCUGCUUUAUUGAAAGCGGCAGAAACUUUGCAAAUUCGUGGCUUGUCCGGAGGAGAUAUUUUUGCUAAGGAUCAGUAUAAGAGGCUGGCAGAAUUUGAACAGGGUGUAGCCGAAGAUAUACCCGUUGUUAAGGAAGAAGCACCUAAAAAGAAACAAAAAGUUUGUAAACAACAUAACAAUUCUAUCUUGGAGAAGGCUUUAACGCCAAGAAUAUCGCAAUCUGAAAAUACCAGCGAAUCGAAUGGAAGCGAACAAAGUGGGAAGGACACGGAUCAUGGGUCAUCCGACGCAUUGCCCGAUCCAGUGUUUCAUCGUUUAGAAAUGAAAAUAGAACCAUUGGAGAUGACACCCGAAGAUUUACAAAAACGCACGUCGAUGGAUAAAGAUCCAGUGGAGAGACUGGACACCGGGCAAAUGGACGGAAUGCAAGGGUCUUCGAAGCCAGCUGUGACGAUAAUCGCCGAAGCACAGGAAAGUUCGAGUUUUCGAGUCUCCGAAAGAAUUCCGGAGGAGAGUCGAGGUUGGGAAGCUUCGAAGGAUGGAAAGGACGGAUCUCCUUGGUCGACUAUACAAAAUCGAGGAGAGUCCGGGUUCCUCGAGCUGGAAUGUUCUCCCAAGCAAGAAGUGAUGACAGAAAUGACGACGGAGACGACCACGCAGACGACGAUGCAGACGACGACGGAGACGACGACGCAGACUACGACGGAGACGACGACGCAGACGACGACGCAGACGACGACGGAGAUGACGACGCAGACGACGCAGACGUCGACGGAAGGGACGACAGAUUCCUCCUCGUGCUUAUCGCUGGAGCACAUCGCCGGAGGAUCCCGUUCGAGCUUCUCUCCCGCCUUCUCUUCGUCCAUUGGUUCGGAGUUUUCGGAGGAGAUGAUCAAAGGAGGUCCCGCAUAUCUGCCUUUUCCCUGUCCCUUUUGCGAUCGUGCUUACACCAGCUGGGGCUUUCGAAGAAGACACAUCAAAGCCGUUCAUACCAUAUCGCCAUCCCUUAAUUGCAAGUGGUGUUUACAGGUUUUACCUACGCAUGCCGCUUGGAAACGGCACGUUAUAUCCGCGCACAACCUGUCGGCGAAUGACGCCCACAACGGUCUAUUGAUCUUAGAAGAGGCGCAUAUGGUCCUACAGAUAGCUCGACCAACAAGAUUGGAUACCCUGGUGAACAUUAUCAAGCAAAGUUCCCAACCAAACGAUAAUUCUCAGCUUGAGAAAGAUUGAAACUUUUCUUUCAAGGAUUCUGCGUUUCUAUUGAUAAUGCAGCUGCAGAUAGAAGGGUAGAACAAACUCAUAAACGAAGCAGUUCACCUUUAUAGAUCACCGUUACCGUUCCUUCCUACAAUGCUGUUUGUCACAAUUAGCGACUUAAUGAUCCAGGUAUAUAAGUUCUUUUCAUUUUUCUAAAUUUUUAACCAAACUAGUAUAUAUCCCUUCUAUAUAGGAACAAAAAAAUCUUUUCUGUGCCGAAUAUGGGACUUCUCUAAUUAUCGUGCCGUUAAGAUGCCAACAAAAUUAACUUUAAUGCCAUUGUAAACGUGGUUAUUUCCUCCUCGUAUUUAUUGCACUAUACUUAGGAAAUUAUAGUGAUGAUGUCUCUAUCUCUCUCUCUUUCUCUCUAUCUCCCUCCCUCUCUCCAUCGGUAACCAUUAUCACGUAUAAAGUUCUAAACGCAUUUUUAUUUUAAUUAUACAGAUUUUAUAAUAAAAUUUAUAUUUUAUUUAACGUAGGUAAUCUUGUAAAAGGGUUACGACGAUGACACUCCUACCUAGGUUUUUAUAUGCUUUGAAUCAUUUAUUUAUUUUUGUAUUUUAUUUUAUUUUUUUUUAUAAUAAUUGUACAUUAUCCGCAUCUUAUUACUGCUUAUAUUUCGUUGCAAGCGAUACUUAUGUAGUCGAUAAGAUUAAUCAUAGCUCAUAUAAAUGGUUAAUCUCUAUAAUUUAUCGAGGAAUUGCGCUCGAAUGUGGGACGUAUGAAGUGCGCUUUUUUCGUGGCUUCGUGCAAUCAGUCCCGUUGACAAAUCAAAAUACGCGUCUCGCUAGAUCUUUUCGGAGAUCGCGGAAAUGGAGACAAAUACAUUCCUUGAGUUACGUGAGACACGUAACGUGCCAUUAUCAUACGGUUAGCGGUUCUCCGAUGAAGGGAACCCGAGCAGAAGUUCGAAAACUUUGUCGAAAUAUGAUCUCUUCGUACCGCGUACCGCGUCGCUAAUCACUCAGAACGUAUUCAGACACUGAGAGGAGCUUUCUUUCAAAGGAAAUAGGUAUUGUACGUCGGACAGAAGCUAUUUUCGAUCUUCGAGGGGAAGUCUAUGUAGCUCUAUGUAGUUCCAAGAUAUUCGUUACGACUAUGGCAUCGAAAAAUUGUAAUUGUCAGUUUAUCAAAAAGUUUCGGCAAAAUAUACAUAUGUACAAGAAUAUAUUUUAAGUAGUUA